GCUCUGCGUCCUGCAGCUCUGAGCCUGGAGCAGGAGCAGCCGUCGCGGGCGCCAGCAUCAUGGCUCUGGAGCGGUCCGAGCAGGGGCUCAGCGGGAAGCUCCUUAACGACCUACCGGACACCUCUCCGCUGCUGCAGCCCGGCAUCAGCGAGCUGCGUCGGCGAGCAGAAGCGGACCGCGGCCAGAACUGGCCCAUGCCCCUCACGGACGCUUUUCUGCUGAGGUUUCUGCGCGCCAGGGAUUUUGACUUGGACCUGGCCUGGAAGUUAAUGAAAAAUUAUCACAAAUGGAGAGAGGAAUGUCCAGAAAUAACUGCAGAUCUCCGCCCUAGAACUAUCCUUGGCCUUUUGAAUUCUGGUUACCACGGGGUCCUGAGAUCCAGGGACCCAACUGGAAGUAGGGUUCUUAUUUAUAGAAUUGCAUAUUGGGACCCAAAGGUUUUCACAGCUUACGAUGUAUUUCGUGUAAGUCUUAUCACAUCAGAGCUCAUUGUUAAGGAGGUAGACACUCAACGGAAUGGAAUCAAAGCUAUCUUUGAUCUGGAAGGAUGGCAUUUUUCUCAUGCCUUUCAAAUCAGUCCGUCUGUUUCCAAGAAGAUUGCUGCUGUGCUAACAGACUCUUUUCCCUUAAAAGUUCGUGGUAUCCAUUUGAUAAAUGAGCCUAUAAUCUUCCAUACGGUCUUUUCUCUGAUUAAACCUUUUCUGACUGAAAAAAUUAAGCAACGGAUUCAUAUGCAUGGAAGCAAUUAUAAACAAAGCUUAUCCCAGCAUUUUCCAGACAUUCUACCCAUAGAGUAUGGUGGUGAGACAUGUUCCAUGGAGGACCUUUGCCAAGAGUGGAGAGAUUUUAUAAUGAACUCUGAAGAUUAUCUUCGUAGCAUUUCUCAGGAUGUCCAGUAACAUUUUAUCAUAAGAUAAACCAUCAGAUAGGCUUUAUUAAUUCAAAUCGUGGGGAAAUAUUUCUCCAUGGUAACUACAUGGAAUAAUAACCUCUACCAAAUGCAGUCUUCGAAAAUGUGAACUUCAGAAUGUGAAAGUUACUUUAGUGAGGACAACUAUGGAUAUUGUCCAUUUUUAAAUUUUUUAAAUUGAAUUUUCCACUAAUUUUUAGAAAAUUACAUAGAUGUUAGACCUCAAAAAGUAUUAAGGGAGAUUUGCAUCUUAAUCUUGAAUAAGUUAUGUCAGAGUUAGAUAUGACAAGGCUGACCUCCACUGCAGGUAAAUUGCAUGUCUUUGGAAUAUAUUCCAAAGAAAUAUUCCUGUAGUUACUGAAACAUGAAGUCAGUUCAAUUCAAUGGAAUGUAUAGAGUAGGUCAUCAAAAGAAAAAGUAACACAAACUCAUCUAUGACAAAUGCAGUCCAAAUAGUUUGGUUAUGGAAACAACUGAGUUUGAAAUCUCACUUGUCAUAUAUGAAGUUACUUCCUCAGGCCAGAAAGACAGGGAAAGAAAAAAAAAGGAAUUCAUCUCAGGGAAAUAGUAUUUCAGCUGCUUUGCACAAUGAAACACUUUAGCUGAAGCAUGACAAAAUAUCAUGUACUCUUGUGCAUCAUAUAUCAACCUGUGUGAAACUACUCACAUCACUAUUGACAAAUGAAAAAAAUUGUGGAAAAUGCUUCAUGUAUAGCUAAUAGUUUUCCAAUCCUGAUGGGUGUGUGUGUGUGUGUGUGUGUGUGUGUUUGUGUGUGUGUGUGUGUUUGUGUGUGUGUGUGUGUGUGUGUGUGUUUCCCUAGCUACAUAAUAAUCAGGCUUUUAAUUUUGACUUCUAGAUGAGCUAAUUUUUUUAGUUACCACAAUAGGCACAAGAAUUUGGAAAUUGUAUCCAUAUGUCUUAUAUAACCUAGUUUUAAAAGAAGCACAAUAUUAAUUGAAUAAUAAGAAACCUCAAAUUAAAGAAUAGAGGAAAUGUUCACAUUAUUUUAAUAUAAGUGGGGAGCAGUUUGACAUUGUAGGGAAAAAAAAAACAUUGCAUUUGGAAUCAAAAGGAU